AUGGGUUCUCUUUCCUCCUGGCUAACAAGCGGCCCGGCCAAGCCCGCUUAUGAGAUCAUGGAGAAGCCCAGCCGAAUAGGCCGCAAGCUGCGCGUCAUCUGUCUCGGAGCCGGCGCCAGCGCCCUGAACCUUGCUCACGAGAUUGACACAAGCAGCCUGGACCUUGAGCUAGUUUGCUACGAGAAGAAUCCUUCAAUUGGCGGCACAUGGUAUGAAAACCGGUACCCGGGCUGUGGCUGCGACAUUCCCUCAGUCAAUUACCAAUUUUCAUGGGCGCCGUCCUCUGAAUGGACGUCUUUUUAUUCGGGUGCGCCCGAGAUCCUGCAAUAUUUCAAGGAUGUUGCACAAAAGUAUGACCUGAACAAGUACAUCCGACUCAGCCACACAGUGGUAGCUGCUACGUGGAACGAGGACGAAAACAUGUGGUACAUCAAGAUCCAAAGAGGAGAUGACCCCAACGACAUCAUUGAGGACAAGGCCAACGUCUUUGUCAACGCCAGCGGUGUCCUGAACAAGUGGAAGUGGCCGGCAAUCAAGGGCAGAGAGUCAUUCGAAGGCAAAAUGCUCCACAGCGCAAACUGGGAUAACAAGGUCGAUCUCAAGGGAAAGCGCAUCGGCGUCAUUGGUGGCGGAUCAUCGGCGGUUCAGAUCGUGCCCAACAUCCAGCCCAUCGUGGGUGACAUGAAAUGCUUCAUCCGGAGCGCGUCUUGGGUGACGGGCGGCUUCGGGCAGCGCUUUGCCGGAAAGGCGGGUACCAACUUUGAGUAUAAUGAAAUGCAGCGAGAGAUCUUUCGAAACGACCCUAAAAAGUAUCUGGCUUACCGGAAGAAGAUUGAGUCGGAGCUCAACUCUCGCUUCCGCUUCAUCCUCAAUGGAUCCAAGGAGCAGCAAGAAGCUCGCGAUUUUGCGGAAAAUGACAUGCGAACAAAGCUCGCAAACAAGCCCGAAGUCGCCGAUAUCAUCGUCCCCAAGGACUUUGCCGUUGGCUGCAGAAGACCUACGCCAGGCAACGGGUAUCUCGAGGCGCUUUGUAAGGACAACGUCUCGGUGGUCUCGGCCGAUAUUCAGCAGUUCACCCCCAAGGGAAUCAAGACUUCCGACGGCGUCGAGCAUGAGUUUGACGUUAUCGUCUGUGCCACCGGCUUUGACGUUAGCUGGCGGCCUGCAUACCCCACGAUUGGCCGUGGUGGUGUCAAUCUCGGCGACUACUGGAAAGACGUUCCCAACACAUAUCUUUCCAUGACGAUAGCCAACUUCCCCAACUACCUCAUCUUUAACGGACCAUAUGGCCCGUACGGUCACGGAAGUUUCCUCCCUAUCACCGAAACCGUCUCUCGAUACUUGAUGCAGAUGCUCAAGAAGAUGUCCGAAGAGGAGAUCGCUUCAUUCGUACCUAAGGAGGCAGCCGUCGCCGACUUCGCCGAGCACCGAGCCAAGUUCCUCCCUCGCACUGCAUGGACCUCGCCAUGCCGCUCUUGGUUCAAGCAGGGCACCGUUGAUCGCGAACCAAUGAUGUGGCCUGGAUCGCGUAUCCAGUUCUUUGAGACGAUUGCGACUCCUCGUUGGGAGGACUACGAUUGGAAGUACACUACGUCCAACCGUUUUGGCUACUUCGGAAACGGCUUUGCGGCUCGUGAGAAUGACGGGAGCGAUCUUACCUGGUACCUCGGUCUGUUGGAUGGUAGUGAGAAGCAACCUGAGCUUCCUGACGAAGAUUUUGAGGCAUUUUUUAUGAAUCAGAUUCUAUAG